AUGGAGAAGACACGGAGCGUUGACCUGCAGACGGACACUUCAGAAGGAAGCCUGAAGGAGCUGGUGAAAAGCUGGUUCAGAGACACUCAGGCAUCACUCAUCAUGCCCCAUGGCAACUGUCCUAGCUGGUUUCAAGGCUUCACGUCUAGAAAGGAUGCGGAAGAUCUGUUGAGAGAUAAGACUCUGGGCUCUUUUCUCAUUCGCCUCAGUGAUAAAACCAUUGGCUACAUCCUCUCUUACAAGGGAAACGACAGAUGCCGCCAUUUUGUUAUCAACCAAAACCAAGGUGGACUCUUCGUCAUUUCAGGAGACUGCCAGACUCACCGCAGUCUUGCUGACUUGAUAGAGCACCACAAACUCAGCCCUAUCCAGCCCUUUGGAGAAUGCCUUACUUCUUGCUGUGAUGACACAAACACAGGUGAGCUGUAUGAUGUAGUGAACUAUGGAGCCAGAGAGAAGUCUGGGGUGAGUGUCCAGGCCCUGCUGACUUUAUGGGACAAGAGGAGCAACUGUAACAGUCACCAAAGGAGUGACUGUGGGAAUAAGCAAAGGAUUCAGGAGCAAAAUGAGUGUCCGGUUGCUCAGCCCCCUGCACUGCCGCCUAAAUCUAAAGCCAAAAAGCUGACAGGAACUGUGUCUGUGGGCACAAUACCGCUCUUGCAGGUCACACCUCAAGUACCAAAAAGAGGAAUUCCGCUGAGCCACUCUCUGAGUGGAUCUCUGCCUGACAAGACGUCACACUCCAGUGAAACCCAGUAUGCCCAUAUCAACCUGAACCAAGCAGACAGAGUGAGUGGGAAUACAAACCCAGUGCAAACAGAUGGCAAGGUUAAUUCGGACAGAGGGGAAGACUUAUCUUUUAACACCACUGACACAAGCUAUCCUGGGGACCUAAAUUACAGCACUGCACCAGGCACCACAUACUCUGAGCUGUCACCGGUUGAAAACAGAAGCAAGUCUCUACCUCGGCUGCAUAAAAGUAUGGAGGACGAGUACUCCAAUAAGCUCAGCAGCCCCUCUUUUACUGCAUCAGUGUCGCAAUCACCCACUCCACUCAAGAGGGUCACCUGCCACACUUACUCACUCGAUGACCCCAAGAACAGUAUGAGACAUGGCCAGGUCCUGCCAGAACACCCAAGUGACACACUGGAGCAAUUGAAGUCCAACCCGCUCUACCAGAGCUCUGACAAGCCCAGGGCGCAGCAGGGAGAUGGCAUGUAUGCUGAGGUUUCCCAGGGACCGACGGCUCUAAGUCACCGGCGCCCCGAUGACACCUAUGAGCAAAUUCCUGAGGGCACAACCAUCCAGAGCAACACCUAUGAGACGCUGGAUGACAUGAAGACCAAGAAGUCAAAAUCCACAUGGGGGAAAAAUAAUAUCAACUGGAGGUGGUUCCUUCCUGAGUACAAGAAGAAAUAAAAGCAAUGUCUGGCAGGCUAAUUUUGUAUUCAGAUACAGAAUCUACUCUUUGAUAUUUGUUUAUUGCAUAUUUACAGGUAGACUAUGGAGUUUGAAAUGGGAGGGCACACCACUUUAUUUACUAAUGUAAUGGAAGAGUUUAAGGGAGAAUAAAACCCCUCAGGUUCAUAGUUUGAGCUCUGGAUGCCAAGGCUGAUAACCCAUGGCAUUAAUAUAACACUUUUAAAUGUCUUUUAAACUUAAUAUUUUGAUAUCACAUGUCCGCAAAAACAUAAAAAUGGAGUGAAUGGAGCUCUUAGUGAAAUCCUUCUCUUAUUUUUGGUUGUGAUGGGGUAAAAGAAUUGUGCUAAACAUGAGGCAUGUAUAAGUUAAAUUUGUCAACACUUAAUUGGCAUUCAUCUUUUUUUUUUUUACCCUAUCGCAACUAAAUGGUGUACCCUCCCAACUA